AGAAAAGCUGUGCAUAUUGUUAAACUAUGUUUGGUAUUUGUAUAUGGAGAGAAUCAUCUUUUGCGCAAAAUCCGGAUAGAAAAUGCUGCUGACAUUGAGCAUUGUGCAGUGAACAUAAAUUUAUGCAUACAUGGGAAAGACAUUGCAGAUGGUAUUAUCAUAGCACUUUCUAGACCUUAAAUAAAGAAUGAUUAUGUUUGAUUCUCCACCUUGGUCUUAUUACCACCAAUUCACAAACAGUUUCCAGAUCUCAAGAUAACAAAAUUGAAGGCUGGCUCCACUUGUUCACUCUUAGCAUAACCUGCCACAACUAAAAAGACAUGGUUCCAACAAAAUGGAACACUAUGAUCAGAGGCCUGUAUUUAAAUUUUAGACUUUAGGGUCUGUUCAUUGUAAACCUAGUCAUAUGAGAUAAUAAAAUAUCUGGUUCUCAUCAUUGCUUGUAUUAUCAGAGGGGCUAUAGGGAUUCAACACUUGUGUGAUAUUUUGCAGGUGCAAACUUGAGGUUUGGCACCAACUACUGGUAAGAAUUUCCCAUGUAAUUCUCUAAAUUCUGGAGUUUGCUUAUUUUAUCUCCUUACAUACUACUCUAAAUAGAUGCCAUUAAGGCAACUCAUAUUUCAUGUUCUCUAGGAAUUUGAUUCCAUUUUUUGAAUCUCCACUUUCUAUGUAGUGAUUUAUGCUACUCUUUGUUGCUUCUGUCAGGUAGCCUUAUCUUUAAACCAUGGGGUGUUUUUCUUCAAAAGUGAUAGCAAGAUCAAUUAGUUUCCAUGAAGAGAGAAAGAAGAGAUCACAGGGAGCAAGUAAUGGUAUUCCACUGUUGGAAGAUCUAAUAAUCUCCUCUGGUGGCAGUGAUCAGUACCUAGCUCUAGUCUGUGCAGCUAACACAGUAUCCAACAAACUGCAAUCUGGGAAUCUUAGUUCUAACACAUCCUCAAAACCUGCCAUUGAGCCUGCCAUUUCUGAAACUAUCAAGAAUUUGAAGCCUGUAUCAGAAAGACUAGUUGAAGGAGAAGGGAAGAAAAUUGAGAGAGAGAAAAAGAACAGGUCCAAAAGUUGGCACCAGUUUCCAGAGCAUAUUGUGCAGUCUCUUGCUCAGGAGAAUUCAUCUGCUUUUGAUCAUAAACAUGACUCGAGUUCUAAGGGUGCUGCACGUAGUAAGAGUUUUCACACAGUGGAGGAAUACGAUGAUAUAGUUGAUAAAAUAUGGUCAAGCAAGUGUCAUACAGAUCAACAAAGCGAGUUAAAUGAUGAAGAAGAUUCUGGUUCAGGAACAAAUACAACUCACCACAUUGAGGAAAAGGAUUAUGCAAUCAAGAGGAUGCAAGAACAAAGCUUAAUACAAAAGCAUUCAUUGAAAGAAAGAAAAGUAGUGAAGGAGAGCAAGAACUUGAGUGCAGCAGCCUCAGAAAGCAGCACAGAAGCUCCAACUCCAAGUCCUAAUGAUAAAAGUAGCAUGAUUGAGAAGGGAAAUAAGAGAAAAGCUGUGGCAAAGAGGCUAGAAUCACUUAGAAUCCCUUCCAGUGUUGAAUAUCCAGCCAUUGCUAGUCUUAGAGAAUGGCUUCCCAAAGGUGGAAUAUACUCUCCUGGAUCCUAUGUCACCCCAAAAUUUGGUAGCUAUUCUAUAAUGGACAUUAGUAAUGGAAAUGAGUCCAGUGAGGAUUCUAUAUUCAGUCCAGAGUUGGUGUCUGCUUUUGAACACUGUAUGAAGAAACUUGAAGCAGAGGAAGAGAACAUUCUGAAACAAAUUGUAGAGCAUGUGGAUGAAGAAAGUGAAGCAAGCAGCACCAAGAAAGAACACUAUGCAUAAAACUCACACUCAUACUUCAGGUGAAUUUUGCUUUUAACGGAUAAAUAGCAGAUUAUGUUGCCAUUUCUAGUCUUCAAUAUUGUUCACAUCUUCAAUAUCUGUGCAUGUGAAUUUCCAGUUCACAUAUUUUCAUUCAAGAGUAUUUUGGAAAGAGAUGCAAUUUUUAUAUGACAGUAAAUGUAAAUUUACGUUCAUUUUAUAAUGCCUUCACCACCUUUCUGUAUCAUAUCACAGUUAUAAA